CAACGGUAUUCAAAAAAAAAAAAAGAUAUAAAAGCUCGGAUAUUUUAAUUUGUUUCUAUUUUUUUAUAUAUUAUCUAAUUCUAUACACUAAAACAAUGUCUCCUACAUCGCUCUUACACCCUCUUGAUACUAAUAAUGGUACAUUCAUUGAAAGAAAAAGCUUGAGAAGAUUAAGUAUAUCCUCUGACUUGAGUGAUGAAGAAAUACAACCUGUUAGAAGAAGCAACAGUCAUAACUGGAGUCACCUUUUAUCGCAGUUCGAUUCUCAACCUGAUUUAAUCAAACUUAUACAAUCCUGUAAAGAAGAAGAAGAAAGACGUCGCGAAGAAGAAACUAAAAUGAAAUUAAAAGAAUACCAAGUUUUGCGUCAAAUGCAACACAUUCAAGAUAGACAAUAUUUUGAUAGCAAGUCCCAGAAGGAAUUCAAUCUUCAAUUACCUCCAUUAUCUUUUUACAAGUAAUUUCUGACCUGCAUUUCUCUAUCUUUUUCACUCUCUUUUCUUAUAUCCUCUCUCAUUCACAACUUUUGUAUCAUUUUCAUAUAACAUUCACCUCAUUAUAAAUAAAAUCUUUUUUCAUACAU